AGUAUUUUCAGUUUAUGACAGAAAAGCAAAACGUUGACUGCCUCAAGGUCUCAAGCACCAGUCUUCACCACGGAAAGCAUGUUGUGGCUGUUCCAAUCGCUCCUGUUUGUCUUCUGCUUUGGCCCAGCAGUCAGGACCCUCUUCUGCAAGGCUGCUGCAGUUUGCUGGGGGUCCACUCCAGACCCUAUUCACCUCGGUCCCUCCCCAUCCUGGAGGUGUCAUCAGUGGAGGCUGCUGAACAGCAAAGAUGGCUGCCUGCUUCUUCCUCUGGGAGCUUCGUCCAAAAGGGGCACCAAACUGAUGACAGUGGGAGUGCUCCUGUAUAAAGUUCCUCUACACAGGAUGCCAGCACAGCCGUUUAGAUGCCCUGCCUAUUCCAAGAACAUCAAUAUCCAUGCCAAGGUUGCUGGUCCCGGAUGCUCCCAAAGCAUCAGUGUUGAUUCCCAGCAGGGCAGAGAAAAGGACCUCCAUGUGCCCUCUGGGCCACACCACAACACCUUGGCCCUGAAGCAGCUCUGCUCCUGUACAAAGUGGAAUCUAGUUUCACAAAGCCGCUCAACCCCACUGAUGGUGAAUGGGGUUCUGGGGGAGUCAGUAAUUCUUCCCCUGAAGUUUCCUGCGGGAGAGAAGAUCCAGUCCAUCACUUGGCUUUUCAAUGGAACAUCUCUUGCCUUCAUAGUACUCUCUGAAACCAACAGUACAAAAAUCCACGUGACUCAUCCUAAACAGCGAAAGCGACUGAACUUCACCCAGUCCUACUCCCUGAAACUCAGCAACCUGGAGAUGGAAGACACAGGCUCUUACAGUGCCCAGAUAACCACAGAGACCUCUGCAAAUCUGUCCAGUUAUACUCUGAGGAUAUUCAGACAACUGAGGAACAUACAAGUUAACAAUUACAGUCAGCUAUUUCAGAAUAGGACCUGUGAGAUCCAUCUGACUUGCUCUGUGGAGGAUGCAGAUGACAAUGUCUCAUUCAGAUGGGAGGCCUUGGGAAGCACACUUUCAAGCGAGCCAAACAUCACUACCUCCUGGGACCCCAGGAUUUCCAGUGAACAGGACUACACCUGCAUAGCAGAGAAUGCUGUCAGCAAUUUAUCCUUCUCUGUCUCUGCCCAGAAGCUUUGCGGAGAUGCUAAAAUUCAAUAUAUAGAUACCAAAAUGAUUCUGUUUGUGGUUUUUGGGACAUGCAUAGUCACCAGUUUCAUCAUAGUGCUGUUACUUGUUUUGAGGAAAAGAAGAGAUUCUUUACCUUUGUCUACUCAGCGAACACAGGGUCCUGCAGAGUCUGCGGGGAACAUAGAGUAUGUUUCAGUCUCUCCAGUGAGCAACACUGUGUAUGCUUCAGUCACUCAUUCAAAAAGGGAAACGGAAAUUUCGACACCUAUAAAAAAUGCUACUGUCACAAUUUACUCCACAAUUAAUCAUUCCAAAGAGAGUAAACCCACUUUUUCCAGGGCAACUGCCCUUGACAACGUCAUGUAAGUUGCUGAAAGGCCUCAAAGGAAUUCAGGAAUGACACAUCUUCUGAUCCCAUGAGAGAGAAUGAAGAGCAGGAAGCUUGGUUCCUAUUGUUCCUGGCAAAGGAAUUUGAAUAUCUAGGAUAGGAUUAUCAUCUCCUGUCCUUCAGAUUUAAAACUGCUUACCUGGGUCAAACACCUAAGGAUAACAUCAUUUCCAGCAUGUGAUUCAAAUAAUAUUUUCCAAUCCACUUCAGGCCAAAACAUGCUAAAGAUAACACACCAGCACAUUGACUCUCUCUUUGAUAACUAAGCAAAUGGAAUUGUGGUUGACAGAGAGUUUAUAAUCCAGAAGACAACCAUUUCUCUCCCUUUAGAAAGCAGCAGGAUUGACUUGUUGAGAAAUAAUACAGUGUGUUGGUUAUAUGUGUACUCUCUGGAGUUGGAUGGGCCCUGCUCAUAUCCUGAUACAAGUUGAGCAUCCCUUGUCUGAAAUGCUUGGGACUAGAAAUGUUUCAGAUUUCAAAUUUUUUUCAGAUUUUGGAAUAUUUGCAUUAUAUUUACUGGUUGAGUAUCCCAGAUCCAAAAAUCCGAAAUUCAAAAUGCUCCAAUGAGUAUUUCCCUUGAGUUUCAUUCAUGUCAAUGUGGUACUCAAAAUCUCAGAUUUUGGAGCAUUUUGGAUAUUGGAUUUUUGGAUUUGGGAUGCUCAACUUGUACAGUGUUUAUUAGACACAUCUCCUGGGACAUAUUGUCUAACCUCUUGGAGCCUUAGUCUCCCAGACUGAAAAAGGAAGAGGAUGGUAUCACAUCAGUUCCAUUGUUUGAGCCAAGAAUCUAAGUCAUCCGUGGACUCCAGUGUCUUUGUCACCACGCCCUUUGGACUCCACCUUAGAAAUAUUUCUUGGACCUUCCACUGCUCCCCCAACUCCUUGGCCACCAUCCUGUAUCCCACCAUCACCACCUCUAACCUGAAUCCUACCUUAACCUCAGAACAGUUAUCCCCACUUUUGUUCUUGUCCCUCUCUAACCUCCUCUCCACAAGACUGCCAGAGUAAUGUUUUUAAUAUAAAUUGGAUCCUUCAGUUGCCUGCUUAAAACCCUGAAGGCUUCCCAAUGCACACGAAAGAAAUAUAUUUUCCACGGCCCUGGAUGGUCUGGCCCACCUCCAGCCUCAGCUAGCUUUACCCUUCUGACACUCUCUAUAUAACCUCCCUGAUCUUCUUUCAGUUUCUCUAUUAAAGGAAAAGUUCUUUAUGUUAAUUAUUUACAUCUUCCUGCAGGCCUUUCCUCUGCCUGCUGGGGUCCUCCUAUUCUUUAUGCCUUAAUUUAAAUAUGUCACCUCCUAAGAGAAACCUUCCCAGACCACUGUAUCUAAAAUGAAUCUUCUAGGCUGGGUGUGGUGGCUCACGCCUGUAAUCCCAGUACUUUGGGAGGCCAAGGUGGGGAGAUCACUUGAGGUCAGGAGUUCAAGACCAGCCUGGCCAACUUGGUAAAACCCUGUCUUUACUAAAAAAUACAAAAAAGUUAGCCAGGUGUGAUGGUGCACCCCUAAAAUCCCCCUAAAAUCCAAGCUACUUGAGAGACUGAGGCAGGAGAAUCACUUGAACCCUGGAGGUGGAGGUUCCAGUGAGCCAAAAUCGUGCCAAUGUACUCCACUCUAGGUGACAGAGCAAGACUCUGUCUCAAAAGAAAUAAAUAAAACUAAACAAAAUAAAGUAAAAUAAAAUAGAUCUUAUUAUUCUGUUACACCUUCUAUGUCACUUAUCGCAUCAUUAAACAGUUAUUUUUACUUUGUUAACAUCUAUUUCUCCCACUAUACCCUAAGCUCUUCAGGAACAGAGACUGUUUUGUUUAUCACUGUAACCCUAGCACCUAACACAGUAUCCAGUAUAUGGCAAGUGUUCAAAAAAAAUUUUUAGUAAAUAAAUGAAUAUGUAAUGGGGUUUUGUGAAAAUGAAAUAAGACAAUACACCUGGAAUCCUUAGCAUAGCUCUCAGCCACAUAAAGAAGUUCAAUAAAUGGCAGUCAGCAUUGUUGGUAUCAUUACUGAUAUAAUUAGUACAAAUUAAUAAUAGUACAAAUUAAUUAUUAUUACUGAAUUACACAGAAUCAUCUCACAAACCUUCAGCACAACAAGACAUAUGACAAAGACUAGCUCUCAAGACCACAAGAUUCAAAGGGAAGGGGUUGGGGAGUUGCAGUGGGGACUAACUGAAAUAAUGGCUGAAAAGAAUAGAAAAGAAAAACAAAGCUCAUCAAAGUUAAUUAAUCUCAAAUGUUAGCCAUCAAUUACAUCAUUAGUCAGUGGAGUAGGACAAGAUAGGGAAGUUUAAUCAAGAAAAA